GGUCGGGAAUCUCACGAUUGGUCGGCUUCGCCAAGGUCACGUCAUGCUAAUUUUUUUUUUUGCGGGCGGUAAAUCACGCCUGUCAUCCUAUCAGCACUGCCUCGUUCCAAAACCCCAAACAAGUCACCAUGGACGCAUCGAUAGAGACACAAGCGACGGCGACAGAGGCAAUAAUGACAGAAGUUGGCUUCCAGGCGGUCUCCAGAUGGAUCGCAGCCGACGACGACGGCGAGGCCUUUGUGUUUCGCAAGUUUGACCGGCUGGCCGCCCGGAACCUGCUAUACUUGCAGGCCCGUAUGCUGGCGCUCGAGGAGCGAAUAAACAAAAUUGAUGGUGCAGCCGGCAGCAUGGAUAUGCUGCAGGUCUUGCGCAACUGGGAAAUGCUCGUAGCGAAGAGCGAGGACUCAAAAGUCCACAUUGAAGCUAGGGAAAAGAUGAAGAAGCAGAUAGACUUACAUGAGGAGUUGCAAAAGACGAUAAAAGAGUAUCAUGAAGCACUCGACCUGCAAAGCCGCAUUGCCAAUUUCAGUGGGCCAAGUAGACGGGUCCUGGGUGCCUACAGAGGCUGGCUAGAAUCUUCAAACAAUUUAAAAGGAUUGUCUAGCCGGUUCCUGGAUGACAAGCAGGACCUGGUCGCGCUCAAGAAGACAGAAAACCACGACUCCUUGUCCGAGCUGCUGCGGUGGUUAUGGCCAGCUAGUAGCGUCACCUCUGCCAACGACGCGGGCAACAUCGCCCGCUUCCGCGAAAAGUCCCUCGCGAGAUGGGCCAACAUCAUCAGCACGCUGGUGGCGGUCGCGCUGCUCGUCGGGUCCAUCGUGGGGCUGUACUUUGUGGCCGACCUCAAGAUCAAGUUCAUCAUGAUCGCCGUCUUUGCCGCCUUCUUCGCCCUGAGCCUGGGCGUCAUCACCAACGCCAGGCGGCCAGAGGUCUUUGCGGCCACUGCGGCAUAUGCCGCUGUUCUGGUGGUUUUUGUAAGCAAUCAGGAUCUCGCUGGUCAAAGUGGGACCUAAAAAAGGGGGGCAAGGGCAGUAACUUUGGUCUCCAAGCGACUGUAUGAUUAUGUCAUUGUUCGUGUCGCUGCCUCUUGUGAUCGAGAGAGCAUUCAGGGUUGAGGUAAACAGGUGAUGGGCGCCAAAGGGGUAACUUCGCCCAUGUGCGGGCCGACUGCCUCAAAUAGCAACUGUAACGACCAAUUUGUGUAGGUAGCAAAGAAAGACAGUCCUAGCCAUCCGCAUCCA